CAUUCAUUUUGGAGCAUGGAAACAUGAAGAUCCGAAAAAAGCUGAUGAAUGACAGAAAUUAGCGGGAGGACUUCUUCCAGGACACACACACACACACCGGGACCAAGGGUGUGACCUGAGAUGGAUUCCCGGGGUGGAAGUUAUCGGCAGGAUCGCCAUGAUCCCCGUCAUGGCGAGAAAGCCCGGACCUGGCGUCGUAUAUAUUGGCAGCAGGCGGACGACGAAAUGCCCGGGUUCUGGGUUCUGGUGGGGAAAAUAACUGCGUUAUUUGAGGGUGAAUUGGGAACAAAAGGGGGGAAGAAAACUGCUGCGAAACCGAGAAUCGAGCGGAGAAAUACCGGAUCGGAUUUCAAGUACCUGACAAAGUAGCAGGGCGAGCUCUUGAGGUUCACUCAGCACUUCAGCGAGAUUUUAUGGAAAUCCGGAAUGCAAUACGAUUCUGUACGUGUUUACGAGUACAGUACAGUAUAGGGAACACAGACAAACGCCCCAGGCAAGGACUUGAAAUGAAGAACACGUGGAUCAUGAGGAUAUAUGUGGAACACGACAUGAAGCAUAUAUUUUUUUUAUAGACGUGUCUGGAAAGAUUUUCAGACGCGCCUGGUCCAUGUCCAUACGAGUCGGAUUCAAAAUUGCGGAAAUUUCAAAGCCCACCAGACGAAUAUAUUAUAGUGAACCUCAUCAAUUGGAGAAAUUUGCUCGAAUUUGAGCGGAAAACAGGUUUAUAGAAGAGCGUCGAAGAGCACAUGC